AUGUCUUUCAUGCUCACUAGACCGCCCUCUCCACCCCUCAUGCCCCACCGCACGGAAGACGAGUCUCCUUCUACUGCAUUCCAUGCUGCCUUCCAGUCCAUGGCUCCCAGCGGCGGUAAUCACCAUCCCACACACGACAUGGACCCAAAGGGCGACAAGUUCAGCCCUCUGCUCGAUAUCCUCGUCAAUGCCGACACACUCUGCCUCCGCGGCACCGGAAUAGACGUUAACCCAGCACUGCUCAGCGGGAAUGUCGUCCUCCACCUCUCCGAACCCACCUCGAUUAAGGAGAUCGUGCUUCAGUUCAGGGGGAAAGCUCGUCUACCAGUUUCUUCUUCCGAACCGCUGUCGCUGAGCUCUUCGCAGCUUACUUACCUCGUCUGCAACCACGAAUGGUCGUUCCUCGAGGGCAACCGUUCGCACUCGCACACGCUCAAGGCCGGGCGGCACUUGUUCCCAUUCCAGCUACAGAUCGGUGGGUCGCUGCCAUCGUCUCUCUCGACGACCGCGUUGGGUGGUGCGUCGGUGCAGUACAAACUGCGCGUGACGGCAACUCGUCCCGGGUUUGUGGGAAUCACCCACCGCGACCUACAGGCAACAUGCCCGAUUAACAUCAUCCGCGGGUUCUCGUCCGAGGCGCUCGAGUACCAGCAGACACUCGAGAUCGAGAACACCUGGCCUGAGAAACUCAUGUACUCCAUUAUGAUACCGCAUAAGGCGUGGGCGGCGGGGGAGAAGGUGACCGCGGUGGUAAAGUUUUCCCCGCUGGUCAAAGGCGCACGAGUGCUGAAUGUCACGACGACAAUUAACGAGACGAUCAAGCUGUAUGCGCGGAUGGGCUCUCAGGAGAGCACGCGCGUCGUGUCUACCACGCGUCACGACAUCGUCGAUGGCAAGGCGGUUUGCGUUGACGAGCAGCAGCACCGCUACCGCCUUCCCCUCCUGCACCACACGCAUACACACUCACAUACGACCAUGACCACGCUCACAAACGUGACCACUCCAAACCGUCAUUCUGCAUCCACUCCCGGCAGUCCCGGCACCCAUAGUCCCAGCAGCUACUUUUCUCCGCAGCAGCAUUCGGUUACCGGCUCGCCACAGCAACUGCCUGCAGAACUUUCACCACUUGUACCGACGACAACGAACUCAUCCUCAUCAAGUGCGCCAUCUUCCGGGCACGCGUCGCGCACGCACGAGAGCCCGGGCGAUAGCGUGGUACCUCCGUCAUUACCACUAUCACCGCCGCCAGCAGCAGAAUCGUCUGAUACGCUGGAGGAGUCCUCAUCGGACGUGGUUACCACAAUGUGCAUCACGAUUCCGAUGCAUGCUACUCCUAGUCACGGUCUAGAGCCAAUACAGGUCACACAUCGCGUACGAUGGUCCAUCCUCAUUGGUAACAGGGACGGGCACACUUCUGAGCUCCGCUGCUCGCUACCACUCCAUGUACUUGAUUAUCGUCUAUUUGAUGAGGCUCGGGCGGCGACCCUCGCCACCCGUCGGCUGCUUCUCGGCGCGCAAGAUGUGGAGGGGGGCCAAGCGGUCGACGCGCAUAGGGAGGAGAAUACCGAUGAAGCAACGGACCUCCCAAGCUACUCUGCCCAUGUCCGCGACCGUGUCGCGAACGCGUACCUCCCCGAAUCCGCCGUCAUGCGCGUCAUAAACCCAUGGGUUCUCCAGGGCAUCUCACCUACCUUUGUUCCACCCUUCUCCGAGAGCUCUUCAGGUAUGCAGUCUCCCGCAGCAUUGGAGACAUGGCAAGUACCGUCGGGCGCCCCGCAGCCCCCCGAGGUUGGCCACCAUCACCUUCCACUCCAGCCCGAUCCCGAAGCGCAGCCCCUUGAAUGGGUCAAUACCGAGCUCCUCCUGAGCCUUUCCAGAGAGGCACCAGAGGCACCCGUGCCUCCACCACCACGCCACACGCCACCGGAGUCACAUCCCGGCAGCAGACAUGGCUCUCGUUUUCCGAGCCGACGCGGCUCCCGCGCGAACUCACCCGAGCGCAGUGCGAGCUUUCCUUCAGUGGCCUCUGUUCCCGGGAGUAUCAUACAUGGUCCUGCAGGCCAUUCUAGUGAGACAUUCGUGCACAGCGGGAGCUCUGCCAGCAGGAACAUGCACGGUCUCUUCCACACUGCGAUGAAGCCUUUCACGAGCCUGUCGUCGACGUUCUCACUGGGCUCGCGAAGCAACAGCCACGCGAACCUCGCCGGACAUGGCGCGCACUCGCCGUCGCUCAGCGCUUCAGCGUCUGUAUCCAACCUUAAUCUGCUAGGACUGCUCGGCAGUGGUACCAUCUCCCCCGCCGCACAGCCCGACGUGCCUGCACCAAUGACGUCGCCCGAGCUGCUGCACCGUGCAUUCACGGAGGUACCGGAUUACGACAUGGCCAGCAGGGGAUUCUUGGGCGGCGGCAUCACCCCGCUCUCGAGCAUGCGCGGGCUGCCGAGCUACGAGGCCGUCGCGGCUCAGCGCAGGGGCGCAAUCGCGCAGGGAGAGAGGAGCUUCAGCGACACGAACCUAGCAGGGAUGUUCGCUGCUGCCGAUGCGGCGAAUCGGAGGGCCAUCCCGCCGAGGACCAUAGCUGUGGUGCGAGGUGCCUCGUAG